AUGUCGACUCAAUCAGGUGUACCGGUCGUCAAUGAAACUGAUCUAGAAGAAACCGAUCCUAUUAUAGCUAAACUCCAGAAAACGGGUUGCUUAGAAAAACAUUACGCUGUCUUGGAAUGUUGGGAUCAUCAUAAAGAUUGGAGGAAGUGCCAACAAGAAGUUCAUGACUUCAGAAAUUUUCGAAACAAUUUGGGUAUGGGCAAAGGUAAAAUAGCUUCUCAGUGUGCACAUGCAGCUGUUGAGUGUUACAAGACUGGUUUAAAGACAGAUCAUAAAAUAGUGAAAAUAUGGUUAGCUAGUGGUCAACCCAAAGUAGUUGUCAAAGUGGACACCGAAGAAGAGCUACUCUCAAUCGCCGCGAUUUCAACCAAAAAAGGUCUCAUCAACUGCCUAAUCAAAGAUGCUGGAAAGACCCAAUUAGAGCCGUACACUACCACAGUUCUGGGGAUUGGACCAGGGAAGAAGCAAGACAUCGAUUUAGUCACUGGCCACUUGAAGUUACUUUGA